AUGUCUCCAUACCAGCAGUCAGCCGGCGCAUCAUCCUCGAAGCGCGUCCUCGACGAGUCGGACAAGACUGACGACACGGACGACUUCGACUGGCAGCAAAGGUGCCUCGAGUUCUGGCGUAGCAUUGGAGCAUCGAACAUCCCGGGGCCGUCGAGUACCUUCCGGGCUGAGAGCCAAACAUCCUCCGUCCCCGACCAGGGUGCGCACACAGAUCCCGCGAAUAACCACGACAACCCCUUCGACGACAGUAUGUUGCCUUAUGUUUCCCGGGGAGGCAUCGAAGACCUAGAGGGGUUGGACACGGUCUCUGGGCUGAAUGCGUACGGUUCUUUUCUACCAUUCGAGGACGGCAUGGCGAAUGGAGAACACCUGGGGAUGGAUAUGGGUUUACUAGACCCUAAUUACGAGCUAGGAGGGCAGCAGCCCUUUGAACCCUUCGAAGCCUUGGAUGUCGCUCCGGCUGCCAACUCGUAUGUAAAUUGGGACCUUCCACCUUCGUUUUUUGGUCUUCCUGCGGCUAGUUCACUCGCCAUUCCAUCCGAGAUCCCCGCCGGGCUCACCUCUACCCCGAACGCAGCCUUAGACCGUUCCCCUUCUCAAGCGUCGCCUCCGACGAACGACACAAUUCCCGUGCCCGCUACGCCGGUGAUCGACCCCUCCCUGCUCCAGGACGAGCCUCUUCCACGAGACGGUACCCCUCCAGUUCUACAAGAUAUCGACCCGCAGAACCAGACUCCCGAAAGACAGCCUUCCACGAAGAAGGGGAAGGGGAAGCGGGCGCCCAAAGCUACGAAGCGGAGUGGUAGCGACCGGGAGAAUAUACCCGGCAUUAUCCCCGCCCCGCCCUCACGCGCGACACGAUCGCGGACGCCCGAAGCGGAGGACCAGGGACCUGCUCGCAAGCGGCGCAGACGCUGCGAGCUGGAGAAUGCCAAGGGCACUGAGGAGACGCGGUGCGGUCUAGACGGCUGCGAAGAGCUCCUGCGCGCCUCGGACCCUGACGGCGCGAGGAGGCACUUCGAUACCCACGUCAAGAAGACGACGACAAAAGGGAAGACUACCACCAAGGGGAAGAAGGAGAAGAAGACCAAGAAGGCUGCGAAGAAAGAGUCGAAGGCGAAAGAUAAGGAGAAGACCGAGUACCGCUGCCCAUACAUCGGGGAGGGCGGGAAAAAGUGCGCACACCGUCCCUGGACGAAUCGACAGAGUCUGCAGCGACACGUUCAUGGAGAGCACUACAAGUGGUCCUUCGAGUGCCCCGUGUGCGGACGGACAUUUCCGCGCCGCGACGCGCUGAAGCGACAUCGGAAACCGGUGAACAGCCCCUGCCACCAAACCCCGGGAUCAGAGGAUGAGGAUGACGACGCGUCGGAGAUUCAAAGUGCAAACAGCAGCCGGUGCUUAGCGGAAGCGCAAGAACACAAACAAGCACGAAUGCAGGGUCUCAGGCCGUCCAACGCAGAGCUCGAGAACGAGAGAAUAUCCGAAACCCUCAACAUCACCCCUCCCGCUACCAUGUACAUCCCCCUCCCAGACGUGAGGCCAUCUGGCUCAUACGAGGACGCGCCGGGACCUGCUUCGACAGCGCCGCAAACAAAUGAUUAUGCCGAGAUCCCGAUAUCGAUGAGCGGCUCGAAGCGUCCUCAUACAGAAAACGAAGGCCCUUCAGAUGCGCCUCAUCCAACCAAGACGGCAAAGGCACCUCGAGGGAAGGCUCGUGCAGCCCCCAUCCGUCGUGCCGUCACGAAGAGGAGUCGCGCGAGCAAGCCCGUUGCUGCAGCUCGCGCUGCGCCACCAGUCGCGGGCUCAUCGAACCUUGCCAGGGCAGCGGUGGAUCGGAAUGAACCAGACGCGGGAGAUAAAUCAGACGACGACAAAGACCCCGCAUGUAUCGGGAUUGAGGCGAGGGAAACGCGCACGAAGCGGGACCGGCGCACGAAGGCCCAAGUCGCGGCGGUCACGCAAAUAGGCCUUCCAAAGAUCUCAUGUCCCGUCGAAGGCUGCGAGACGAUGUCCGACCCGCUGACCCACGACGCGAAUCGCGAACACCUGAAGACACACUACGACCCGGGCGCGCUGGACGCCAAAGCUUCCCUGCCCUGUGUCUGGAGCGGCUGCGAGGAGUGA